AUGGCGAAAACCGGGUCAGCGGCGGUUGAUUACGCAGAUGGAGGCCGAGUCAAGCCUCAUCACCUGCACGUGUUUCACCUCGCAGAUCCACGUACCGCGCAUCCAUUCCACGGGCUCACUUCACAACCACGCCAAAUUUCGUCGCAGACAUGGACGGCAUCUGGCAGUUUCGUCAUGGCUACUGACACUUGUGCAAUCGCCUUCAACUCCCCUCGCCUCCUACACACGCGUCCAUUCCACUCAACGCCCUGUUCACAACGGCCCCUGUGGGUGUUUGCACAGAGCACCUCAGUCAUCGACGACUCUGAUAAAAGCCUCCUGUUUCGCAUACAAUCGACAAUUGGAGCAGUUAAGGGGAUAUUGAGGUACGAUUUCGAAGAGGAACAAGUUGAGUUGAUCCAGCCCGUGCACACACACACACACACACACAAGCUGCUGCAGGAGACUCAGGAAGUGCUCGUGAACCACACAGGGCAUCCACUCUCUGAGGCACUUCCUGCAAAUGCACGCAUUAGUGGUAACCGCAUGUCUGUGUUGCAAUCCUCUGGUGUUAUCCACACAGAGAUGUGGGAUCAGCGACAGUGUCAACUUGAACUGCCACCGGCUGUGUUGGUAUUACUCGCUGAAUUCUCCGCGUCGACGUUAUGA